AACGGAACACCGGUGACUGGACCGAUUUGAGUUUUCUGUAGGGGGCCGUGUCUGGGCCUUUGUGGAUUAGCAGCAGAGUGAGUGGUCGAGUAGUGAAGUACGACUUGACAGAAACAGCAAGCCUCCGUUAUUGAAGCCUACGGUCGGUCUAUCAAGACCCGCCGCGGAAGUUCAUCCAACCUCUGUGCACAGGUAGUCGCUUAAAUAAACUUGAGCAGCAAUGUCCGAGUCUAAACAAGUCGCAGUGUGUAUUUUGCAAUACCUGAAAAAUGAAUUAACGAAUCCUUCCAUUUCUGAUGAAAGUAAAGAAAGUUUAGAAGUGGCGAUCCAAUGUCUGGAGAGCGUCUACGAGGUGGGCCCAGAUGAUCUCUCGGCUUUAGCCGUGAAGAUGAGCCUUCGAGAGAUGUUUAAGAGCUGCGUAGGGAACGAGCAGGCGUACUUUAAGCCAGCCCAGUCCAGCGCUGCAAGUCGGUCGGCGUCAGCCCCUCCGAAAAAAGAGCCACCAAAUCCUGAGGCUGAGGCGGCAAAGUUACAGGGUAACGAACUGCUAAAAGCCGAAAAGUAUCAAGAGGCCCUCGAGAUGUACACGAAGGCUAUCGAUCUGGAUCCCAACAACGCCGUAUAUUUCUGCAACCGUGCCGCCGCUUUCAGCAAACUUGACAAAAGCUUGGAGGCCAUCGAAGACUGUGAAGCUGCUCUUCAAAUUGACCCAACAUACUCAAAGGCGUACGGCCGAAUGGGUAUUGCCUACGCUAACAUGGGUGAUCAUGAGAAAGCCUACAACUGUUACCAGAAGGCGCUUCUACUGGAUCCCAACAACGAGAGCUACAAAAAUAAUUUGCGAGUGGCCAUGGAACAAAUGAAUUCGCAGGGCACCGCUCCACCUGCAGAUGAACCAAGCAGUGGACCCGGUCCGAGCGCAGCAGGCGGUGCUUUUUCCGGCCUCGGUGGCCUUGGGGCUAGUGGUAUGCCCGAUAUCUCUCAGCUGCUAGGCAAUCCGACUCUGAUGACCAUGGCCACCCAACUCAUGCAAGACCCUAACAUGCAGAAUUUGAUGAGCAACAUUAUGUCCGGCACGUUAAACGCUGGUGCCCAAGCAAAUACUCCCCAGCCGCCCACGUCAGGAGGACCAGCGGGCCAAGGCCAAAAUUCUAACACUAGUGGAGGAGCCGGUACUGAAUUUAACCUUGAUAGCCUCCUUCGAGUGGGUCAGCAAUUUGCGGCUCAAAUGCAAAUGAACAACGCGCCAUUAAUCGAUCAACUGCGUCGAGAGAUGGAGGCGCGAGGGAUAAACAUCCCAGGCCGGGAUAAUCCCCCCAACAACCAACCCCCCCCACAGUAACCCAUAAGAAUCCAAGUCAAAGGCCAUGCGUCCUAUGCAGAUGCAAGUACGCGACACCGCGAACGGGUACAAAGGAAACCGAACGGAAGCCAAGAAGGACAUCAAUUUAGAGAUCAAAUCUUUACUUACUGCUGAAAAAACACUAUUCUUAGAUUCGGCUGCGCAGUCCCAGCCUGAUCUCUGUCGACUAAAGACUUCGGUCCGUUCCAGACACAACGUUAUUGCUGUACCUACGCAACUGAUCCGUCAUUUUCUACAUAUAAGGGGCUGUAGCUUACGGCAAAAAGAAUAGAACGAGGACACGGGAACGGGCGUAUGUCGGUGAUCCGAUGGAACAAAAAGUGUUGGGUAGCGAGGUACGGUGGAACAAGCGUGAAGAAGAGCAGAAAGAACAUGCAGAGUUAAUGUCAUUGAAGGGUUCGGAGGAUGACACGAAUCUAUUGGAACGGGGGGGGUGAAUCGUGCGGAUUUCUAAAGGGGUAUUGGUAAAUUAAGUUCUAUGCAGUAGCGAUGUAAUGCGGCGCAGAACAGAUGGGGAUAACAAAUUAUUUUAACGAUAGCAAUUAAAAAAGGGUAAGUGCGACGUUGUGGUGGAGGCGCAUGAAGCAGGACUCUGUUCGGGCUUCUUGCUCCUGGUACUCACAAGAGGAUCAACGCAGCCUCGCGUAAACGAAGAGCAGAAGAUGUAAUGGAACACGGAAAGAAGACAUAGUCAAUUAUAAAUGACGAUGACUUUCGCUUAUUAAAUAUUUACAAAAUCAUCUUGCUGUCUUGUUUAGUUAAAAAAAAAAAGUCUGUCUCUUGAUUGUAUAGGUAUUUGGAAAAAAAACUGUAGUUUCGCCGUACAUUACACACUUUAUUAUACACUACUCCAGGGCAUACCAUAUUAUCGUUAUGAAUAAAUUCACUGAAUUAUUUACAGCGUGACUAAGAAAUGAAUCUACUUGUCUUGAAUAGACAGUCCAGCAAAAUUCCUUCAAAUCAAUAUUUAUUAUAUUUCGGAUUCAUGUCAAUAUUGUAAAUAAAUGGGCUUUUGUAGAAAACCCAAGUUAACAAGCAUCAGUAACAGUAUCGGGUAGACUCAUAGAGAAACCAACGUAGUACCGUCACUUUUAAGUAAGCACUAUUCAUUGUUUGAAAACGAAUUAGGGUAUAUAAUUUGCUUCGAACACAUCAUAAAAACUAGGGCAAUGCCGAUGAUUUGAGGCAAUUCUAUCAUAGACUUUCCUGAGCCUAAUUGCACCUUUGGGAUGUUCGUUCGAUAGCAAUUCCCAGAAAAAGUUACUAGUUUAUGUGAAGGUUCACUUUAAAAAAGAUAGCCAUUUUUAUUGAUAGUGCUAGCUUUGAUUCAUAGUGCUGCAGGCACAACAACCCUAUGAGAUGGAUGAAAUUCUUUUUGUAUGCACUCAUGGAUAGAAUUAACCGAACCCUUUACGAUCUUAUUUAAUGGUUGCGUUGCACUCUACAUGUCCUUGGUGUUGUUAAUAUAUAUUGGUGUAAUAUGAAUGUUAAAGUAAUUCUUAGAAGUCAUUAUGAUUACCAUACAAAUUUAAUAUGAGAGUAUCGUUAACGUUCGAAUUCUAUGAACACUGUUAUCAGUGUUUGAACACAAUCUCCAAAGCCAUCCACCCCACAAACUUUGAUUAAUUAGGCUUCGUUAGUUCCGUACGGGACUCAAAAUAAGCGCCAUAGUUUUUUUUCUUUUUUGUCGCAUUAGCGCUUUUUGACAGUAACUUUUUAUUCGCCAGGAAUCGUUUUUAAUUCAAGGUGAUUUAAAAAAUUACACGCUAGUGAGUCGAUUUUUUGUUCUCGUUGAAAUCAUAUUAUGGCGAUAGACCAUAACCAAAAUAUGGCGCACUGUUUUUGAAUAUAAGGUUGUUUAUGUUAUGGUUUAAAUUCUUUACAGUAAAUGUACAUAUAUGGUAAAACUAAAAUAUCGUGGAGGCUAUUAAAAAGGUACUUGAUCUGUAAAGGUUGCUUAUUUAGGAAUCGCAUCAUCUGUCCCAUAGGAGAUAAGACUGGCCAAUGGUUAUACACAAAUAAUGACCCCGCCAAAGCAUUGGACUGGCCAUUUUCCUGCUUCAGUCCGCCUCAGAAAACUAUCUCAGGACUGUCUGGUGAUAAUAGGUUUAAUCCUAAAAGUCCAU